GCCUUCUGGUGCAGUCACUGAAAGUAGGGGGGAUAACUUCAGUGUUCUAAUACACUGCGCGGGCAACGAGCAGAUAAAAUGGGAGUGCGUGAGCAGGUGAAGAGCAUUUUAUUAUACCUCUGCGUCUGUAGUCAUGUUUGUACUGAAGAGUGGGAACUCACGCUGCUUCAUACCAACGAUGUCCACGCACGGGUUGAGGAGACAAGCAAGGACUCCGGCAAAUGCACCAAGCCUCCGUGUUUUGCCGGGGUGGCACGGAGAUUUACGAAAAUAAAGGAGAUCCGGAACCGGGAGAAAAAUGUGAUGCUGCUGGACGCAGGAGAUCAAUUUCAAGGAACCGUUUGGUUUAAUGUCUAUAAGGGAGCAGAGGCUGCACAUUUUAUGAACAAACUUGGCUACGAUGCAAUGGCUCUGGGGAAUCAUGAGUUUGACAAUAAAGUGGAGGGACUUAUCAAGCCGUUUCUCCAGGAGGUGAAGUGCACAGUCCUCAGUGCUAACAUCAAAGCAGACGACACACUAGCACCUCGCAUCAGUGGCCUUUAUUUCCCUUAUAAGGUAUUUGAUGUAGACUCUAAGAAAGUGGGCGUGGUGGGAUACACAUCAAAGGAGACGCCUGCUCUGUCACAAACAGGACCUAACUUAGUGUUUGAGGAUGAGAUUGAUGCUCUCCAGCUCCAGGUUGACAAACUCAUCACUUUGGGGGUCAACAAGAUUAUCGCCCUUGGUCACUCUGGCUUCGUUACAGACAAAGAAAUAGCCAGAAGGGUAAAGGGUGUGGAUGUGGUCAUCGGAGGACAUAGUAACACCUUUCUGUACACAGGAAAACAGCCUUCCUCUGAGGUCCCGGCAGGUCCCUACCCGGUUAUAGUAAGGUCAGAGGGUGGGCGUGAUGUCCCUGUGGUGCAGGCCUUUGCCUUUGGGAAAUAUCUGGGUUACCUCAAGGUGACGUUUGACGAAGCUGGCAACGUGCUCCAGUCCACAGGCAACCCCAUCCUUCUGGACAGCUCUGUACCAGAGGACCCCAGUAUUCUGGCUGAAGUCAACGAGUGGAAAAAGGCCCUGGCAAAUUACUCCUCCCAGUAUGUGGGGGAGACCCUGGUGUAUCUCAAUGGAACGUUUGAAGAGUGCAGGUUCCGAGAGUGCAACCUGGGAAACCUAAUCUGUGACGCUAUGGUACACCACAACAUUAAAUAUGCAGACGAGCUUCAAUGGAACCAUGUUAGCUCCUGUAUCCUCCAAGGGGGAUCGAUACGGUCAUCCAUAGAUGAGCGGAGUCGAAACGGUUCCAUCACGAUGGAGGACCUCAUUGCUGUGUUGCCGUUUGGAGGCACCUAUGAUCUGGUUCAGCUGAAGGGAUCUACUCUGAGGAAGACUUUUGAGCACUCCGUCAGGAGAUAUGGAGGGAACACAGGGGAAUUCCUUCAAGUAUCAGGAUUUCAUGUAGAGUAUGAUAUGUCGAGGCCCCCUGGGGAGCGCGCUAGGAGUAUUAGUGUGCUCUGUACGGACUGCCGGGUGCCAGUCUAUGAGCCUCUGGACGACAGAAGGCUAUACAAGGUGGUCCUGCCCUCAUACAUGGUGGAAGGAGGAGACGGAUUCUCCAUGAUUAAAGAGGAGAACCUGAAACAUGACAGUGGUGACAUGGACAUAUCGGUGGUGGCCAGCUACUUUGCUGAGAGGAAGAAGGUGCACCCGGCUAUAGAGGGACGUAUCAAGAUUUCCAACUCAGCUUCAGGGGGGCCUGGUCACAUGGCUCUGUUAUUCAUGCUGGGGCUAGUGAUGGCUCUGUUUGGGAGACUAUGAGAGAUCCCUGGCUGCAAUCAUGAUGCAAAGCUCACCAUUGGAUAUGUUCUUCUCACCAACAGCAUUCAAGGGAAGAGCUCAACUCUAGUUAGUCUAUUGAGUACAAAUUGAACAGGGAUAUGGUGAAUGGAUAUUUCACCAAUGCUCUGAUUUUUCUUUCUAAAUACUGCAGUUUGAUAUGAAAUUCGCUAUUGAAACUUCAGGGAAAAUACUGUAAAUGUAUUAUCCUAUGGCUAAAACUAGAAAUGAUGCACUGGUAAGUCUCGUGUACAGUCGCUGCUGUCAAGCUCUUGGUCUGCGAUCCAGUUUGAGCAUAAACAUACAUUUGCUAUGUACUCAAACAGAUGACCGGUGCUUGUUUAAGUGUGUGCCCCUGGCAGAGCCUGCUUAACCAGCAUUAGGACUGAAGCGUUACAGGUUUUGGGUCAUUUCCGAUUGAGCCGACAUAUGCAGUCUCCGCUAACGGGGGACAUUGCCUUUAAAUGUCAAUCACGCUGUAACACCGAAUGUCCAUUAUACGGAUAGAAUAGACUUUGUUUAUGAGAUAGGGUGUCCAAACACAGAGCUCCAGAAUAGUUGUCUAAAAGAGCUUCAAAAUAUUGACGACAUUAAAUAUAAUCUCUCAAGGUGGGAUAAACAAGUAGUGAUCAAACUUUUGUAAACAUUUAGAGAACUCUAUUUACAGGACAUACCCACUCAAAGUAACGAGGUAGCAGGAAACUGAUACACUUGGUAUUCUUGAUUCACACAGAAAACUGUUGAGUGAAAAACCCAGCAGCGUGGCAGUUCUUGACACAAACUGGUGCGCCCAGCACCCUAUUACCAUACCCCAUUCAAAGGCACUGAAAUAUUGUCUUGAUCAUUCAGAUUGAAGUGUAUUUAACAAGUGACAUCAAUAAGGGAUCCUAGCUUUCACCUGAUCAUGGAAAGAACAGGUGUUCUUAAUGUUUUGUACACCAAAGAGGGAAUGUUUUUCUCUUGAGUUGUAAUUUCUAAAUAGCCUAUGAUAAAUUGUGACCUAACAUUUUAGAUUUGGUGUUGUGAUAUUGCAACAAGGUUGGUAAUAGUACAAUAUACUGAUGAUAUGUACCUAAAGCCUGAAGGUUAUACAGGCAAAUUAACAAAUUGUUCUCCUUACUGUUUUUGAACAUCUAGCAGCUAUUUCUGCAUAUACAAACUGGUCACCAACUGUAACAAUUCAUCAGUAAAAAUACCAAUAAAUUGUCAUGACCAAAAAAAAAAAAAAAA